UCCUCUCUCUCACGCUGGUCUCUCACAGUGAACCGCUGGACAGCUCCCGUUACUGGUGAUCCGAAGCCCGCAUGUCCUUUCCCAAGGGGGGUUUCUACCGCGCUACGCUUGGAGCACUGCCGCUGAAAAAAAGAUGAAUAACUAAACGGUUUUAGUUGUUUCUUCAUAACUUGGAAACUACCACCGACGUACCUGACUGCUUUUUGUUGCUAUUGGGAGAUUCAUUGUGCAACCGGUUCCAUACGCACUGCGCUCAUGAAUUGAUUCGUGGGUUGUGUGGUUUUUAGAAAAGGAUUUUUGUGAUAGUGGGACUAGUGUCGCUCAGCGGUGAAUCGGAAUCAUGGAGGGAUCAUUUGGAUGUAUUUGGGUGAAAAUACUUUCGGUAUUUGUCUGGUUAUGCUAUCUCACCGGUGAUUCACCAUCAUAUGGUUCUGUUACCUCAAGUUCUUCCUCCUCAUCGUCCCAGGUGUUCGUGGACUUCAGCUUCGUUCUGGAACCCCAGGACACGGUGACAUUACGGGGCGGUGUUCUUCAGCUGGACUGCGAGGCUCAGUCAGACCAGGGUAUUCCAGUUAUCGUCUGGAAGAAGGACGGGGUGCUGCUCAGUGCCGUGGUGGAUGAGAGGAGACAGCAGCUCCCUAACGGGUCUCUAGUGGUCCAGAAUGUGGUUCAUUCACGACACCACCGACCUGACGAGGGGCUCUACCAGUGUCUGGCCAGGCUGGAUGGGGUGGGAGCCAUCGUCAGCAGAACGGCUCAAGUGACUGUUUCUGGUCCCCUGAAACUCGUUGUCCAUACAGAAUCAGGGUCUAACUCACUUGUUGAACCCGGAACCACCAGGGGCCUUCUGUUUCUCCAGAAGCCCCAGAGAGUCACCUCCCUCCUGGGGAGAGAUGCCGUGUUGGAGUGCUCCGCCUCUGGGUUCCCCACCCCCGCCUUCCACUGGAUGAGAGGAGCCGAGAGGAUACAGAGCAGGUCUAAGAAGUACUCCCUGCUGGGCGGCAGUAACCUCCUGAUCAGCAGCGUAACAGACGACGACUCAGGCUCCUACAGCUGCGUGGCGUUUAACAAGAACCAGAACAUCACGGCUUCCUGCGAGCUGUCCGUCCUCGUGCCACCCCAGUUCCUGAACUACCCCACCAAUACGUAUGCCUAUGAGAGUACGGACAUGGAGCUGGAGUGUGCUGUAACGGGGAACCCUCCUCCCACGGUGCGUUGGAUGAAGAACGGAGAGGAGGUCAUCCCCAGUGACUACUUCCAGAUCGUUGAUGGCAGUAACCUCCAGAUCCUUGGUCUGGUGAAGUCAGAUGAAGGUUUCUAUCAGUGUGUGGCUGAGAACGAAGCAGGGAACGCCCAGGCUAUGGCCCAGCUCAUACUGAGAGAGCCAGUUGUCCCCAGCUCAGGUGUCCUCCUCCCCUCUGCUCCCCGUGACGUGGUCCCUGUCCUAGUUUCCAGCCGUUUUGUCCGCCUCAGCUGGCGCCCCCCGCAGGAGACCAGAGGAACUGUCCAGACUUACGGCAUAUACUACUCCCAAGACACGGUCAACAGGGAGAGGUCUGUGAACGUGUCGGAGCCAGAGACCCUCCAGAUGACUGUCAGUAACCUGAAGCCAGAGGAGACCUACUCCUUCAGAGUGGUGGCCUACAACGACAACGGGCCCGGAGAGAGAUCCGAGACACUCAAACUCACCACGCCGCCUGAGUUGCAGGUCCCCGGGCCGGUGGAGAACCUCCAGGUAGGCUCCAUCUCUCCCACCUCCAUCCAGGCCUCCUGGGAUGCCCCAGGCUACGCCAACGGGCCCCUGCUGGGGUACAGACUGCUCUGGACUGAGACACCCUCUGGGAAGGAACAGAGUGUGGAGGUGAACGGGCAGAGUUAUAAGAUGGAGGGGCUGAAGAAGUUCACAGAGUACUCGUUGCGUGUCUUGGCAUUGAACCGCUACGGCCCUGGGGUCACCACAGAGGACAUGAGCAUCACCACGCUGUCUGAUGGUACGUCAGAACUACACUCACUCUUAUUGGUUCACUGUGUGUAA